AUGUUGAUAUCUUCCAACGGUUCGAAGCUUACCAAGUUCGCAUCCUCCCGAGCUCUCGCUGGUGCUGCUGCUACCCUCAGAACAAGGAACUUUGCUGCAAAGGUGUCUUCAAGUGGUGGUCAGUGGCAAACAGUUGAUGGGUGUACUGGAGUUACUCAUGUCUCAUAUGCUAUGACCGACACGGCAUUCAUUUUCCCUAUUACUCCGUCAUCACCUAUUGCUGAGCUCUCUGAGCAGUGGUCUGAGCUGGGCGUAAAGAAUGCCUUUGGUGAUGUCGUUAAGAUCACACAAAUGCAGUCAGAAGCUGGUGCGGCUGGUGCUCUGCAUGGGGCUCUCACAGCGGGGUCUCUCGCUACUACUUUUACGGCUAGCCAGGGGUUACUAUUGAUGAUUCCAAAUAUGUAUAAAAUCGCGGGUGAAUUACUCCCUUGUGUCAUGCAUGUGGCGGCCCGAGCUAUAGCGGGCCAUGCUCUCUCUAUCUUUGGUGAUCACCAGGAUGUUAUGGCUGCUCGCCAGACCGGGUUCGCCAUGAUCAGCUCCAACAGUGUACAGGAGUGUCACGAUAUGGCUCUUGUAGCGCACCUGGCCACUUUACGAGCAAGAGUUCCCUUCGUCCACUUCUUUGAUGGUUUCCGUUUGUCUCACACCAUUGAGAAGAUCGACACUUUACCCUACAAUGAGAUGAGGAAGUUGAUCGACACUAAGGCACUCUAUGCUCAUCGGUCUCGUGCCCUCAAUCCGAUGCACCCCCAUAUCAGGGGAACCAAUCAAAAUCCAGACGUGUACUUCCAACAGAUUGAGGCAUCCAAUACGUUCUAUGAGGAUGUCCCUGGUAUUGUUAGGGAGGAGUUUGAUCGUGUGAAGGCUGUUACUGGUAGAGGCUAUGACUUGUUCCAAUGGGUGGGACCUAAGGACGCUGAUGCUGCUGUCGUCAUUCUAGGGGCGGGCGCGAGUGUGGUUGAGGAGACACUUGGGCAUAUCCAUGAUACUUCUGGGAAGAAAGUGGGGUUGUUGAAACCUCGACUGUAUAGGCCUUGGUCUUCGGAGGACUUCUUGAAGUCCCUUCCCAAAACGGUGAAGAAGAUCGCUGUGUUAGAUCGUACUAAGGAGCAUGGUUCUUAUGGAGAGCCGUUGUUCUUGGACGUGUCGAGUACUAUUCAAGGCUCUGGUCGCAAUGUAAAGGUGAUCGGUGGUCGUUGGGGCCUUGGUCAGAAGGAGUUCACUCCCAACUGUGUGGUGGCUGUUACUGAGAAUCUGUACUCUAGUAAGCCUAAGGACCGCUUCACUGUUGGUAUUGAGGAUGAUGUCACGAAUCUGUCCCUGCCUUUGGGAGAGGAGAUCAAUCUCGGUCAUGAAGGCACGGUGGAGUGCCUUAUCUUCGGCUUUGGUUCAGAUGGUACUGUUGGUGCUAACAAGAACGCUACCAAGAUCAUCGGUGAUAAUACUGAUAGAUUUGUCCAAGCAUACUUUGCUUAUGGUUCACAGAAGGCUGGUGGUCUGACCUUGUCGCAUCUCCGAUUCGCGUCGAGCCCCAUAAAGUCGUACUAUGCCGUGAACCUGGCUGAUUAUAUUGGAUGCCACAAUCCAACGUACUUGGACAUGUAUCGUAUGGGGGAGCAUCUGAAGCCGGGGGGAACAUUCUGUUUGAACUCUCCCUUCCACACAGUUGAGGAUUGGAAUGCUCAUGUGCCGGCAGCACUGAGACGUAUUCUUGCUGAAAAGAAUGCUAAGAUUUUCAACGUCGAUGCCUUCAAGGUUGCCGAGGAGUGUGGUAUGGGCCGCAUGAUCAAUGUUGUUAUGCAGUCGGCCUUCUUCAAACUAUCGAAUGUGAUGAACUACGAGGAGAGCAUCCAACUGUAUAAGAAUACCAUCAGGAAGAGUUAUGGUCAUCGCGGCGAAUCUGUUGUCCAGAAGAACUAUGAGAUGAUCGAGAAAGCUCUUGGUGCAAUCAAUGAGAUUAAGGUGCCUCCAAGCUGGAAGGACCUACCUGAUGAGCCUAUUGCCACCGAGAAGAAGUAUGCCAGUCUUGAUGACGCCUUCUCUAGAAAUGUCCAGGGUCCGAUCGCUCUACUUCGAGGCGAUUCCCUCCCAGUGAGCUCCUUUGCUGAGGACAGUCUGCUGGGUGGGGUGAAUCCUCUGGGUACGGCUAAGUAUGAGAAGCGUGGUGUUGCCCUUGAAGUGCCCGAGGUGGACAUGGACAAGUGCACUCAAUGCAAUACUUGUUCUAUGGCAUGCCCUCAUGCUGUUAUCAGGCCGUUCCUUCUCUCACAGGAUGAGGUUGACCGUCAGCCGCCAACAUUUGACUCUCGCAAGGCUAAGGGUGGGGCUGAGGUGGCCGGUCUGUAUUAUCGCAUUCAAGUGUCGCCUUAUGACUGCACUGGAUGUGAGGUCUGUGUGAACGCAUGCCCAGAUGAUGCACUAAGGAUGGUUACUCUGGCCGAUACGCACGAGGCAUCCAGCGCUAACUGGGAGUUCGCUGUGGCCCUUCCGGACCGGUCUGAGAGAUUCGAUAAGAAUUCCUUCCGAGGGAGUCAAUUCCAACAGCCCCUGUUGGAGUUCAGUGGUGCUUGUGCUGGCUGUGGUGAAACCCCCUAUGUUCGCCUUCUUACCCAGAUGUUCGGUGACCGCAUGGUGAUUGCUAAUGCUACUGGUUGUACCAGCAUCUGGGGUGCUCCUUAUGGCUCAAGUCCCUAUACCACCAGGACGGAUGGUACUGGUCCAGCUUGGGGGAACAGCCUCUUUGAAGAUGCGGCGGAGUAUGGCCUCGGUAUGGCUGUGACUACAUCCAUUCGUAGGAAGGCUCUCAAGGCGCGCGUGCAGGAGCUCCUGAUGGACGGUAAGGACAGUCCGCUAUCACCCGAGUUGUACACCCAGCUUACCGAGUGGGUUGAGAACUUCAGCAGUCCGAGGGUCUGUGAGCAGCUGUCGAAGAGUAUUCCACCGCUGCUUGAGGCGGAUAUCGAUAAGGACCCCUCCGUGCAAGAAAUUCUAUCUAUGUCCGAUCUGAUACCAAAGAUCUCCAACUGGGUUAUUGGUGGUGACGGUUGGGCUUAUGACAUUGGUUUCGGUGGUGUUGAUCACGUAUUGGCCUCGGGGCAAGAUAUCAAUGUUCUUGUUCUUGACACUGAGGUAUACUCUAAUACAGGUGGUCAGAAGUCUAAGGCAACUCCCUUGGGUGCUGUGGCUAAGUUCGCUACAGGUGGUCAUGAAGUGAAUAAGAAGAGUUUGAGUGAGAUGGCUAUGAGCUAUGGCACUGUGUAUGUUGCCAACUGCUCGAUGGGUGCUAACUAUCAGCAGACGUUGAAGUCCUUCACUGAGGCUGAGGCGUAUGAUGGACCAUCUCUCAUCAUUGGAUAUGCUCCCUGCAUUGAGCAUAAGAAUUUGGAUGGCAUGACUCACACUAUGCAGCAUAUGGCUAUUGUGGCUGACUCUGGGUACUUCCCGCUUUAUAGGUAUAAUCCUGUCCUCAAGCAUCAUGGGAAGAAUCCCUUUAUUCUUGACACUAAGAAGUUAACAGUUGAUGUCAAUGACGUUAUCAAGAACGAGAUGCGCUUUGGUGCUCUAAAGAAAAGAGAUGCUGAGAAGUUCGAGGAGUCUGUAAGAGGCCUCCAUGACUGGAUCCAGGAGAGGUUUGCCAAAUAUCAAGCAUGGGCGGCUGAGGGGCAGGAAGUCAGUGAUGGAGUACCGUUAACUCUGCUCUUCGGCACUGAGACGGGAACCACUGAGGCCCUCGCCUAUAGAACUGCUGAGUUCGCCCGCCAGAGGGGCUAUGCUGUUCGAGUUCUUCAAUGUGAUGAGGUCGACAUUGGCGAGUUGCCUGAUCAUAAGAACCUCAUGGUUAUGUGCUCUACGACUGGUGAAGGUGAUGUUCCUAAGACGGCCCUGAGCUUCAUGGAACAAUUAUCUGCUGCUAGUGGGGACUCGGCUAAUGCUAAGCUCCUGGAGAACACACAAUUCGCCGUAUUCGCUUUGGGUGACUCGAGCUAUCAUCAGUUCUGCUCGGUCGGUAAGGACAUCGAUGCUCAUCUGGAGAAGUUAGGAGCAACACGCACUGUUGACAUUGGUCUCGGUAACGAUCAGGAUGAUGACAAGUAUGAGACUGCCUUCGAGUCGUGGCUUCCGGACUAUUGGAAGUCUGUGAAUGCUCCUGAACCUGUUGAUGACGGGUCUAUCCCUCCUGCGCAGUUUGAGGUCCGCUUGCUCACUGAUGCUGAUGCUAUAGUAGCACCGUAUAAGCGUGUUAUGCCACCAGGCACACUCCCUGUGCCUUUGGUCAAGAAUGAUCGGAUCACAGCUAGCGACUAUGAACGAGAUAUUCGUCAUCUCCGCUUUGAACUUGCCGACGGUCAGGAUCUGCCGUACUUGCUUGGCGAUGUGUUAAACAUUCAUCCCACCAAUGAGAAGGGUAGAGUGGCGACCUUCCUAAGGGCAUAUGGUUUCGACCCUGAGGAGAUGGUCAAGAUCACUCCACUCACAAGCAACGUUGAUGCUAGGAAGAGGCUCGCUGCUGUUCGCCCGAGAACGGUUGGUCAGAUAUUCGAGGAGUGCCUCGAUGUCUUUGGUCGGCCUAAUCGUACCUUCUACAAGAGCUUGUCCAAGUUCGCCGUCGAUCCUACUGAAAAGUCUGAGCUUGAGAGUUUAGGCGAUCCGGAGAGCUCUUCGGGUCGUGAGCUUUACAGUAAGCUCUCUGCGGAAACGGUGACGUUCGCUGAUGUUUUGGAGAAGUACAAGAGUGCUCACCCACCGCUGGAGCAUUUGAUUGGUCUUAUUCCCUGCACUAAGCCGAGGCUUUACUCUAUUGCUAGUUCUCCCCGUUACGUCGGUCCUCGGGCUGUGGAGCUCGCUGUUGUUAUUCUGGAAUGGAAGACUCCCUCUGGAGUGCAGAGGACCGGUACAGGAACUGACUAUAUUCGAAGACUUGCUGUUGGUGAGAACGUUGCUGUGACUGUCACUUCUGGUAGCUUCAAAUUCCCCGAGAGCCCGAUGACACCUAUGAUCAUGGCUGGCCUCGGUACUGGUCUUGCUCCCUUCCGCGCCUUCGUCCAGGAACGUGCUUGGACUAAGGCUCGUGGGGUGGAAACUGGACCUAUGUGGCUAUUCUAUGGUUGCCGCUACCGUGCAAGAGAUUAUAUAUUCGGCGAUGAGCUCGAGAAGUUCCAUAAGGAGGGUGCCAUCACUGAGCUUCAUCCCGCAUUCUCUCGUGACCAGAAGGAGAAGGUCUAUGUACAGAACAAGAUCGAUGAUAACAGCUCUCGUGUCUAUGAGGAUCUCAUUAAGAAGGGUGGUUACUUCUAUCUUUGCGGACAGGCUGGCCAGGUCGAGCUUGACAUUAAGAAUGCUAUCUAUAAGGCUAUUGCGGCUGGUGAAGGCGUCAGUGUUAAGAAGGCGGAGGGAAUAUUCAAUGAGCUCGCUGAGGCUGGGCGAUAUUGUCCUGAGCUUUAUUAG